ACCGAUUUUUUUUUGUUUGAAAAAACGUGAGAAAGGACUGACGUGGGCACUCUGAGCCACGUAAUAUCGGUUCCGAGAUAUUCGUUUAAUUUAAAAAAUAUAUCAAAACCAACCAUAUUAUAAAAGAUAAGGGAGAGUCGAAGAGGAUUAGAUAACAAGCGCAUCAGCGAGAGCGAUUCCGAUUCCGAUUCAAUGGCGGAAGAGACGGAUAAGAAGUACAUUACUCACGAGGAUCUCAAAAACCACAACAAACCAGGAGAUCUAUGGAUCGCGAUCCAAGGCAAAGUCUACAACGUCUCCGACUGGAUCAAAUCCCACCCCGGCGGAGACACGGUGAUCCUCAACCUCGCCGGCCAAGACGUAACCGACGCGUUCACCGCUUUCCACCCCGGAACCGCCUGGCACCGCCUCGACAACCUCUUCACCGGCUACCGCAUCAGAGACCACCGCGUCUCCGAGGUCUCCCGCGACUACCGCCGCAUGGCCGCCGAGUUCCGCAGACUCGGCCUCUUCGAAUCGAAAGGACACGUCGCUCUCUACACCUUAUCCUUCAUCGCCGCCAUGUUCGCCGGCGUCCUCUACGGCGUAUUGGCGUGCGACUCGAUCGUCGCUCACCAGAUCGCCGCGGCUCUCCUCGGUCUCCUCUGGAUCCAGAGCGCGUACAUCGGCCACGACUCGGGGCACUACGUCAUCAUGUCCAACGAGAAGUGCAACAGAAUCGCUCAGAUCGUAUCUGGUAACUGCCUCACGGGGAUCUCCAUCGCGUGGUGGAAGUGGACUCACAACGCUCACCACCUCGCCUGCAACAGCCUCGAUUACGAUCCCGAUCUCCAGCACAUCCCCGUCUUCGCCGUCUCCACCAAGUUCUUCGCCUCGAUGACGUCACGUUUCUACGAUCGCAAACUAACUUUCGAUCCGUUGGCCAGGCUCUUGAUCAGCUACCAGCAUUACACUUACUACCCCGUCAUGUGCUUCGGGAGGAUCAACCUCUUCGUCCAGACGUUCCUCCUGCUCUUCUCCAGGCGCGAGGUGGAGGACCGCGCGCUCAACUUCGCGGGAAUCUUGGUGUUCUGGACGUGGUUCCCGCUCUUGGUCUCCUGCUUACCGACGUGGCAGGAGAGAUUUUUAUUCGUGUUCACCAGCUUCGCCGUAACCGCGCUUCAGCAUAUACAGUUCACGCUUAACCAUUUCGCCGCGGAUGUCUGUGGACCGCCAACGGGGCACGACUGGUUCGAGAAGCAGGCGGCGGGGACGCUGGAUAUCACGUGCGUGCCGUACAUGGAUUGGUUUUACGGCGGGUUGCAGUUUCAGCUCGAGCAUCAUUUGUUUCCCAGGCUGCCGCGUUGUAACCUGCGGAGAGUGUCUCCCGUGGUUCAGGAGCUUUGCAAGAAGCAUAAGCUUCCGUAUAGGACUAUGUCGUGGUGGGAGGCGAAUAAGCUGACGGUUAGGACUUUGAAGAAAGCGGCUUAUCAGGCUAGAGAUAAGGCUAAUCCUGUUGUUAAGAACUUGGUCUGGGAAGCUUUGAAUACCCAUGGUUAAAAUCAACACAAAUAGCUUUUUUUUUGUUUUUGUUUGAUUAUCAGUAUGUGUUCUGUUUUUUUUUUUUUUUUUUUUUGCUUUUGAAUAUUUUGAAAAUUUCGUUUUGUUACUAUGGAAGAGAUGUUAGAUUGAAUUGAAUUGAAUCGAGAUUUAAUUUGCUUAGAUAACUCUUUCG